AUGGAUGAUAAGUUCAAUACAACAUAUAUAACCUUUGAUGGUUAUGUACAAAUUCAAAAAUACAGAUAUCUCUAUUUUUUAAUGACAUUGACGGUAUAUGUUUUAAUAAUCUGCAGUAACUCGACUAUUGUGUACCUGAUCUGGAUUCACCAAAACCUCCAUGAGCCAAUGUACAUUUUCAUUGCAGCUCUGUCAGUGAACUCUUUUCUUUUCAGCACUGCAAUUUACCCGAAACUUUUUAUUGAUGUUUUAUCAAAGAAACAGGUCAUAUCCUAUGCAGCUUGUCUGUUUCAGUAUUUGAUGUAUUAUGCAUUGGGUGGUUCAGAUUUCUUACUGUUAGCAGCCAUGGCUUAUGACAGAUAUGUUUCUAUAUGUAAACCAUUGCAAUAUAUAACUGUAAUGAAAAAAAGAACCAUUGUUUUUUUUCUGUUUUAUGCAUGGUUUCUGCCUGGCUGUCACAUCGGAGGGGCACUGGCACUGGCACUAGGUGGCAAAAAGCAACUCUGUAGCUUUACUUUGAAAGGAAUUUUCUGCAAUAAUUUAAUCCAGAAACUUCACUGUGUGACCUCCAUAGCGGUACCAAUAUAUGGUGUCUUUGUGUUUCUCAACAUUGUCAUACUCCCUGUGCUUUUCAUACUUUUUUCAUACACAAAGAUACUUACAGUGUCAUACCGAAGCAGUGGAGAUGUCAGGAGAAAAGCUGUCGAGACCUGUUUACCGCACCUGAUUGUUUUAAUCAGUUUCUCUUGUUUGUGUGCAUUUGAUUUCAUUAUGGCUGAAGUGAAAUAUGAUUUUCCAAAAACUGUGAGAUUAAUUAUGAAUUUACAAGUGGUUGUGUAUAGUCCUCUGUUUAAUCCAAUUAUAUAUGGAGUCAAACUGAAAGAAAUCUCUAAACACAUAAAGAAGAUGUUCUAUAACGUCAGUUUAAGCUAA